AUGUCAGGGCAGUACUGGUUCCCAAAUAUGCCAAUACCAGAGAUUAUGACGGCCCUGUCAGAGUGGGGCUUGAACGUCAGCAACGAGCAACUCGUCAGGCCCUCCUCUGACUUUGUCAUUAGCGUGUAUAACGCUUGCUUGGAACAAGUCACGUCCAUAUCUCCAAACGUGCUUCACAAACCAACGCAACGGGCACUUGCCUCUCUCGAAGAUGCCAACCCCGAUCUCUACAAUAACGCUAUCUCGCACAAUAUCAUGCUCUACCACCUAACUCGCUUCGCGACUUCUGCACGCAUUAUGGACUUUAGCUCACGAGACCUCUCCGCACCUGAGCCAGAGCGUACACGCUUCAUUCUCUCAGCAUUUAUCAACUUUGUCAAGUUCGCGGAGCAAUGCACUACAUUUAUCAGCAACGUCCGAGAGAAGUCUGCGCAGGUCAUUGAAGAGCGCGAACAAGUCAUCCAGGAACUCUCAGAAGUUCAGCACAACCUCGCAGUACUCAAAGCGCAGCGUGCAAAGGAUGAACCAAAAUGCGAGCAGCUCAGGGAAGAGAAUGCAGUCGUGACUACCCAACUCCUUGCAGCAAAGGAGGUUCACACAGGACUCACCAAGGAGAUCGAAAGCCUAAAGAUUGAGAGGGCACAUCUUCAAGCUCGAAACGAAACAGUCAACUCGGAGUCUGCUCUCCUAAUGGACAACAAUUCUCGUACCCGAUCGCGCAUUGUGCAAUCUCCAGAGCGUAUAAGGCGCAAUAUCAUGACAAUGGGGGCUACAGCUAUUGAAGACAAAAGGGCGGUUGCAUUGCACGAAGCAAAGGCACGAGAUUUGCACGCAAAAAUCUCGGCGCUCGUGAAUAUUGAAAAGGAUGUACGAUCAUGUAUUGAGCAGCUGCAGACGACAGAGAAGGAGGUGCAGCUCCUGGAAGCUUCACAAAAGGAGCUCGCAGAACUCAAAGACAGCCUUGAAUACAAGAAAGUAGAGCGCGGCGAGCUGCAGAAGAAGACUGAGCGCGUACACAAGCAACUUGGAAACGCGCAGGAGAAGCUUGAGAGGGCGCAGAGACACGCAGAGGAAAAGCGACAGGCCAGUCAACAGACGGUUGACCGCCUCCAACGAGAUUACGAGAAGAUGGAUGUUGAGCGACGAGAGAAUGACAAACAGGUGGAGGAACUCCGGAUAGAAGCGGGUGACAUAGAGACAAAGAUGUCGGAGCAUCUGAAGAAGAGCGAAGCGGAACUCAACGAGUUACUCACGGAAUAUUGGAAGCUCCGUCACGAGACGGAGGUGUACAUGGAAACACUCGCGAACAAACUAAACAUGAAUGUGUCUUCGGACUGA